AUGAGGAUCUUGAUCAAGGGUGGCGUGUGGAAAAACACGGAGGAUGAAAUUCUGAAGGCGGCAGUGAUGAAGUAUGGGAAGAAUCAGUGGGCCCGGAUCUCGUCCCUCCUCGUUCGCAAGUCAGCGAAACAAUGCAAGGCCCGUUGGUAUGAAUGGCUUGAUCCAUCGAUAAAGAAGACCGAGUGGACCCGACAGGAAGAUGAAAAGUUGCUCCACCUUGCAAAGUUGAUGCCCACCCAGUGGCGGACUGUAGCCCCAAUUGUGGGCCGCACUCCCGCUCAAUGUCUCGAGAGAUAUGAAAAACUGCUAGAUGCGGCCUGUCAGCAAGACAGCAACGACGCGUUGGAUGAUCCUCGCCGUCUCAAGCCUGGUGAAAUCGAUCCAAACCCUGAAUCCAAACCUGCACGACCCGAUCCUGUAGAUAUGGAUGAGGAAGAAAAGGAAAUGCUCUCGGAGGCGCGCGCAAGACUUGCGAACACUAAAGGGAAGAAAGCAAAACGAAAAGCAAGAGAGAAGCAGCUAGAAGAGGCAAGGCGACUCGCAUCGCUGCAAAAGCGGCGCGAACUAAAGGCAGCUGGUAUAGAUACUGUCAAGCGGGCGAAACGGUUGAAGGGCAUCGACUACAAUGCCGAAAUUCCUUUUGAAAGAAAACCAGCUCCAGGUUUUUUCGACGGUAGUCUUGAGCGGCGGGCACUCACACUUUUGAGCGAGGAAACUUUUGAACCAAAGGGACUGGCUGACUUUGAGGGCGGUCGUCAACACGACAUUGAAGAAAACCUUAGAAAGCAAGACGUGAAACGGCAAAGGAUAGUUCAACGUCACGGUGUCCCACAUGUUAUGCAGACUGUCGACAACAAUGAUCCUGGGAAUCACCGGUUACACAGUGAGCUCAACCUUCCACCCCCUCGGGUCCGGGAAAGUGAGUUAGACCAUGCCAUCAGAGCUAACGGCGUCCUCGCACACCAUGAGCGUUCCUCUGCGCACACAGUAUAUCAAACGUUGCCAGAUGACAAACGAUUUGGGAAUCUUGCAAGAAUUGGUAUGCCGAGUGGCCCUGAUGGCAUUUCCGUCUCCAGCAGAUCUUCUCCUGCGCAGAGUAUUAUAGGUAACGAGCAUUUAUCCUCUCAGUUUAGUCAACAGAACGAUGAUGUAUGGGUUGGACAUGACGUAGUAACAGCUGCUGGUGCAGUGAAAUGUGCAAUGGCCUCUCUUCCUGUGCCCAACAAUGAGUAUCAGAUUGUUUUGCCGACACCAAAACCUGAACAAAAUAAUGCCGACCACUUACGUGAUUUCGAUCGUAUGAAUGCGAAUCUCAACUCAUCGUCUUCCCCAAUUGAACGCGCGACGCACUUGAAAUCGAAGCUAAGAUGUUUGGCGCGACCCUCUUCGUUUUGUAUAGACUCAAGAACCGACACUUUGAGAUGCAGCGCAGAACAAAUCAUCAGCAGAGAGCUGGGACAAAUGCUUGAGCAUCACUCAUUAGAGCAUGCAUUGCACGACACAGCUCGAUUGUUGACGUCCCCGAUUUCAUUGAAGCAGUUGGCAUUAUCUGCCGCCCUUAUUACCAGGGAAAUAAAUGCGCUCAGGUGUACAAGCGAUCAGCUAGUGAACAGUGAUGAAAUUAUCUACGCCUCCAACUAUGCGCACAACGACUGCAUCAUGGACAAAUCAACUUCACAUGUCAUUCUCAGCAAAAUAUAUGGAAGCUACGAUACUAAUACUACACCUCCCUCUGGUGAACACGCGCGCGCUUGUACGUCUAUGAUGCGCGACGCUCGGCGAGCAGGUAAAAUCGGGCAUAGAAUAGAAAUCGUCACUUCAGGCCUGCAACAGCGUUCGGCAGAGUUACACAGAAGACUAAGUCACAUCUACGCCGAACUGGUUUCAAUGGAUCAUCAGUACUGCUCUUAUAACACGUUACUCUACCGUGAGCAAGAAACCUAUGUUCAGCGGGUGCGGUCGCAGAAAAACAUGAUCACCCUCGCAUCAGAGAAAGAACGCCAACAUCAAUUUCUGCACACCCAGCGUGCAUCACUUUUAAGAACUUCGGAGCCGCAAGUUGAGAUCUGUGAAAAUAAACGCUAAAUAGAAUUUUCAGGAAGAAGCGUCAAUCUGAUGCGGAUGAUUCAAUUCAGUCGGGCAUGGAUAUAGUGAUCUAUCAGAGGCGUCGGUGGGUGCAACCUGAGAGUUCAGUUUCGUCAGUGCUUCGUCAUUAGUUUUGCAUGUGUUUCAUUGAAUCUUGCGCAGGAAUAGUGUUUAAAAGGUCUCCGAUCUGUUUAUAUUAAAACGCGUCGAGUGAUGCUACGUGGGCGACGGCGGACCUUGUUUUGACUGAGUAAAUAUUCUCGAUGCUGACAUGGAUAGAUGAUUCACCGACUCGCGCGUUUUUUCUUGAUGACUUUAUGACAGGAGUUUUCAAAAUCCAUCAGGGAAACCGCGUUGCGAUGGAAAUAGUCGUCACGUCAACCGGGCGCUGAUCAGAUUCCUUUCACAAUUACUAGUCAUUCAGUUCAACGAAGCAGAAAAACUCGAUAGUUUCGCGGUCGUAAUACAACACGAACCAUAAUUUCCGCACUCAUAAUGUGUUGAUUCUGAGAAAAUCAGAAACUGAUACCAUCAUUUUGUUGAUUUGAGUGCAGCCGCUCGAUUAUAUUUUUCCAGUACUUGCCCGUGCGUUCCUUUCGAUAUGGCAUCCUCACUGAGAAUAUCCCAAAUUGCAACUUGCCCCUUGGACCCAGCACAUCCAACCAGGUAAGGUACAGAAGAUGAAAAUGCAGCAGUAAAUAUGGCUCCAAUACCAGGGUUAUUCUGUGCCACCAACGAUGGCUGAUCGGCUGUAAUAUCCCACAGUUUCAACGUUUUGUCCAUUGACGACGUGACAAGAAGGUUUGAAACGCCUGGAGAGAGGCUGAGACAUGUUGAUGCUUUUUCAUGUGCAGAAAAGCUAAACACAGGUUCAGAAUUUUUGCCCAUCCUAGAAUCGAAUG